CUUUGAUCAUCUUGGGGGCGGGGAGGGGGGGGGCAAAAAAACAACCCCCCACCCAGCCAAACUUUCAGAGUCCCCUCCAGGCGAUGCACGGCUUUGCCUCCGAGGGAGCCGCCCGGCAGCUGCACCUGCCCGACUGUUAUCACACCCAGCGCCGUGUGCGUGAUCAAUAACUCCGUCUGCUACCCGCGCAACAGAGGGGGCCCGUUGUGAGCGCAUCCCAAAGCCCCGCUAACCAGCGCGCCCGCUCUGAGGGCUGCCCGGCCGGGUCCCCCCCCCCCUCCGCCUGCACCGCGCCCUCCGGCAAGGGAGAGACGAACCCCCAAAGCUCGCGGGUUUGGGGGGUGGCGGUAGAUUCCGGGGGGGAGAGGCUCCCACUCGGGGUAGCCAGGAGCUGUGUAGACACCAUGACCUGCAAGCUCUCUGUGUUGCUCGGACCUGAAAUCUAAGCGAAUAAUCUCAGCGUUCGCGUAGCUGCUGGUGCUGGUGAUGUUAUUGGUGAAGAGGAGGCGAGGGGGGUUUCCUUCCAUUCAAUGGGUCUGAAAUCAGAGUCUCUGGACCGCCGUUGUUUUGGAAUAUCUACAUGCUGAGCCUCUUUGGGGUGGCACAUCAGCUCAUCGGGGUGCACCAUCUGAAGAGAACAAGAUGUUCCUUGCUACCUUAUACUUCGUUUUACCCUUAAUGGACGUACUUUUGUCCGCAGAAGUGAGCGGGCUGCCUGGCGGGGACCGCCUGGACUGCGUGCGAGCCAGCGAUCAGUGUCUCAAGGAGCAGAGCUGCAGUACUAAAUACAGGACACUGAGGCAGUGUGUAGCCGGCAAAGAGAGCAACUUCAGCCGGGCGACCGGCCUGGAGGCGAAAGACGAGUGCAAAAGCGCCAUGGAGGCGCUCAAGCAGAAAUCUCUUUACAACUGCCGCUGCAAGAGGGGCAUGAAGAAGGAGAAAAACUGCUUGCGCAUUUACUGGAGCAUGUACCAAAGCUUACAGGGAAAUGACUUGCUUGAAGAUUCCCCCUAUGAACCAGUUAACAGCAGAUUAUCAGACAUAUUUAGGCUAGCACCAAUCGUAUCAGUGGAGCCAGCACUUUCAAAGGGGAACAAUUGUUUGGAUGCAGCAAAAGCCUGUAACCUAAAUGAUACCUGCAAGAGGUUCAGAUCUGCUUAUAUAACCCCCUGCACCAGCAGUACAUCUAAUGAAAUCUGCAACAAGAGGAAGUGUCAUAAGGCUCUCCGUCUAUUUUUUGACAAAGUUCCCCCAAAGCACAGCUAUGGGAUGCUCUUCUGCUCCUGUCGAGACAUAGCCUGUACAGAAAGGAGACGGCAGACUAUUGUUCCUGUGUGUUCGUAUGAAGACAAGGAGAAACCAAACUGCUUGAAUUUACAAGAUUCCUGCAAGAAGAAUUACAUCUGCAGAUCUCGCCUUGCAGAUUUUUUCACAAACUGCCAGCCUGAGUCACGGUCUGUUAGUAGCUGUCUGAAGGAAAACUAUGCUGACUGCCUCCUCGCUUACUCGGGGCUUAUUGGCACAGUUAUGACACCAAACUACAUAGACUCCAACAGUCUCAGUGUUGCCCCAUGGUGUGACUGCAGCAACAGCGGUAACGACAUAGAAGAAUGCUUGAAAUUUCUGAAUUUCUUCCAGGACAAUACAUGCCUUAAAAAUGCAAUUCAAGCCUUCGGCAAUGGCACAGAUGUGACUGUGUGGCAGCCAAUCCUACCAGUACAAACCACCACACUGACAACUACGACAGCUUCCAGAUUUAAAAACGUGGGUUCAGAGAGCACCAACAAUGAAAUAUCCACCCACAAUGAUUUACCAGCAUGUGCAAAUCUGCAGGCACAGAAGCGGAAAUCCAAUGAAUCUGUAGACACAGAACUCUGUCUUAAUGAGAAUGCUAUUGGGAAGGACAACACAGUCAGAGUCUCCACAAGUCACAUAUCAUCAGAGAAUUCAUCUGCUCUUCCUACAAGCUUCAGUCUAAGCACACUGCUCAUAUUGAUGACAAUUGCACUCUCAAUCUCUUUGUUCUUAAAUUCAUCAGAAACCUUGUAGCUGCAUUACAAAAGGACACGUUAAAAAAAAAAAAAAAUCUGUUCCUGUCCUCUGUUGUUUAUCUGAAAUUCCAGUUCUAGGAGCUGAGUUGAAGCACUCUGCUAAAACAGUUUCAUUCAACUGGAAUUUUUCUUUUUCUUUCUUUUUUUUUUUUAAGCUUCUUGUGAUAUUUAGGGGCUUUGUGAAAUACUUGAUGCAGUGCUACAUUCCGAACCCAAAAGGCUUUUGGGCAUGCAGUGUUAUAAAGAGACAGUAUGUAAAUUUGCCUGUUAAGCAAUCUGUUUGGAUUUUUUAUUAUUAUUUCAAUUCUGGCCUUUACCUGAGAAGGAAGAUGUCAGUUUUCUUAAGAUCCUAUUUAUCUCAUUUAACUAUUUUGAUUUUAAAAUUAAAUGAACAUCAGACUAACGAGGAUGCCAGGCUUUUGUCACAUGGUGAAUGUUCUCCCAGAGAGUGGACUUCAUGAAAUGUCUUCAUUUGAUAGAUUGCUACUGAUGUUUAACUUUUUCAGUGUAUUAGCAUUCUCCUCUUUAAAUGUUUAUGUAAUGUAAGUGGUUCUGCAUUCCCUGCUGAGAAGCCAUUAUAAGUCACAUACAGGUGUAACGUACAUCUUUUAGUUAAAAUCUCAUAAAAAACAGAGUGUAAUAAACUUUUACCAGUACUUCUAAAUUUUAAUUACAUUUAGCCUUAACAAGGGGUGAAAAUUCCUUAAAUUAACAAGAAGCAAUCAUUGUGAACACUUCAUAAUGCUAAAUUUAUUUACAUUUACAAGGAUAUACAUAAUAGAAACAAAUUUUGCUAAAGAGUUUCAAUUGUACAAUUGUUGGUCUUCUAUACUUCUAUUGUAAUAAUACAGUCUAGUUAUUUUAUUGUUGGUUUAAUAAAAAUGACAUACAAUUUAUUUCAUCUACUAAAACAGCAUUAUCUGCUUAUAUUUACAUAGUAUAACAACUCUAAAAGUUAAGGGAGCUUUAUGCCUUAGCUCUCCGAUCACACCAUUAUAGACUGAAAAUAGGACAUAAAACAGAAAUGUGAAAUUUAAAUUGUGUAUCAUUUCUUAUACUGCUAAAAUCAACACGUAAAGGCAUUGCUGAUCAUUGCUUCAGUUAUGGGCACAGUCAUGCAAACCUCAUCUAUGUAAGUAGUUUUUACUCACAUUAGUACUCCCACUCAAGCCCAUGGGACUGCUGAUAUGAGUAAGGGUUUGCAAUAUUGGACCCAUACAUGGUUUAAUGGCAAUAUUUCCAGUGCACAUGAUUUAAACACUUUUGUUUCAUUUGGUGACACCAACAUCCUAUGCUGAAUCAUGAUGAUUUUCUGUAGUAUCUAGAAGGGAUUUUUUAAAGCUUUAAAUGUCAUCAGAUAGGCAGCAUGUCUCCUAAGGGCUGUCUAUAUACCUGACUGUAGUGGCUUGGUGACUGUUACAAGCAGUUAUGUUUAAAUGAUCAACUGUAAUCUGUUUUUGUUUUUAUUGAAAGUAGACGAUCACUUUACUAGGUGUAGAGUUCAUCACUCUGAAUUUAUAGUUUUACGCUGAAACCUACAUGAUCUAUUCAGGUUUGGUUGAAAUGUCCAGAUCAGCUAUUUGCAAUAAAAAUAUAAACUAGAGAUCAUUGACUUCAGUGCUGCUAGCAAUGUGAAAAAUAUACAUCUCACUAACCAAUUGUUAAACUAUUGGCUGAUCCAUAUUUGGGAUUUUUCUUUUUACCAGGCUAAUAAAAGCAGUGCAAAAAAUUCUAAAAAUCACUUUUCUAGUUUUGGUUAUAGUCACAUAACAUACGAUUCAAAGCAUUCUCUGACAAACAUCUAGAGUACUGCAUUCCACUAAACAUAGCAAAGUAGACAACAUUACUCCUUAAUUCUGCACUGAUUAAAAAAACUUCACAUUAUUUUCAAAGGCAUAGGAGCUGCUUUUGGAGAAGAAAUAUAUAGUCUAUCGUUACUACAAAAUCCCCUGUGGUUGCUGUUGUUUUUCUUCUAAAAGCUAAUCAAAUUAUUGAAAAAUAGUUGCAACAAGAAAAAAAGAUAACAAGAUCCAAGAUUUAAAAAUAAAUUAUUUUAUGUCAAAAAGAGUUGGAAGUAUAAUCUAUUGACAUGCUAAUGCAUACAGAAUUAUAAUAGGAAAGUUUGACAUUACCCAAUUAAAAAUAUUUUCAAAACAAAUCCAUAAACAUUAAAAUGGUUAAACCCUUCUUUGAUCAACAAAGGUUUCUUUUCAAUAUCAUUUAUAUUCAGCCCAUUAAAUGUUAAAUAAUAUCUGGAGCUUUAAUAAUCUGCUAGCACAGUGCAUACAUUUUUUGAAGAUUUUUAUACAUUUGUUUUUACUACAAUAUAUCUAUGUUAUCCUGAUUAUUAUAGCUCUGAAUCAGUGCGAUUCAGAAUAAAAGCAAUUGAUCACUUAACACUGUAAACAACAAGUCUCAUUAGCAUCUGAUAACAAAAGGAAUUGUUAUUUGGCUUAACAAGAGUCAUGUGUAUAACACAGAAAUAGACUACAUUUUGUGAAGCUGGCCAUGUCUACCACAAGCAAGAAAUAGCACUCUGUUUUUUUCCUGGAUAAAUUUAAAGCACAUUGGAUUCUUAAUUUAAAAAUAAAUUGCUUAUUAAACAAGCCAGAGGAAAAAAUUAUGAGUCUGACACUUUAAAGAGGUUCUUACAGACAUCACCAUGCAAAUAUUGGUGGAUUUUUAGCAGUUGGAUAUGGUGCUGACGAUGUCAAUUUAGCACGGUGACCUUGUCAACACAGUUAUUUGCUACAGUACUAAAGUAAGCAAAUCGUUUCAUUUUUUCUUUCCCUUUACAGCUAUCAUAAUUGCAUGUACUGAGUGCUAGGCAAACACACAAAGACUGGAUUUCACACAUUCAUUCAGUGCAUUUCUAUUACCAGUAUAUCUACAGCAGUGCGAGCAGCCAUCCAAAUACAGGAUGCACCUAUUGAUGAUACCUAGGCUUUAAAUUGGAAAUGUAAUCAACUCAGUUCUUUUUAAGUAAGCUAUAUGUUUAAAUUAAAUCAUGAGUUAAAAUAAAGAUACACAAGCCAUCCUUUUUCAUUUAACGUAAUGGAACAGGUAGUUUCAUUAGAAUGAUUAGAAACACACCUCCACUUUUCAUGUUAAAUGUAUCUGAUCAUUGUCUUUGUUUCUUUUUUUAAAAACAGCAUGUUAAAGCGCUAAUGCAGAAUGUGUUGCUAUAUGGUCAGCAUUUUGCACUAUUUAACAUAUGUCUGACUUUCUCAAGUUAUUAAUAUACAAAAGAUACAAGACUAUGAGCUGCAGUAGAUACUUGCAAUUACUAGUAACAAAAACAUAAAAUAUAUGGAGGCAAAUUUCACUCUGUCAAGUACAGAGGUCCUGCAGAAGGCCCUGUGCACCACUUUGGUCAUAUACUAAGAGUCUGAUCUAAAAACUUGCUGCCAGGGCCCCUUACAUCCCAUUAAAGUCAGUGAUUGCGGAGGGCACUCAGCACCUCGCAAGACUGUGUCCAUGAGCCUUCCUUGGCGCAUGGGCCCUCUUCCCUUGAGGAAGAUUCACCUAUAUCGUGUCAUUCAGAAGAGGCAGGUGAUCUUAAUAAUUUGUAACAUAUUUUAUAGGCUCUAUCUGGAUCAUUUUUUCCAGUAAUUUUUUAUUCAGUGACAUCCUGAUAAGACCCAUCCUUUUUGAAAAUGAGUCCAUUCAUAACCUGAGGACUGUUGCCCUUUGAAUCAGUGAACUAAGAAUAUGAAAAACCACCAGGCCUGAUAGGAAAAUACUUUUACAUUAGUUCAUGGUCAUUUUGCCUUUGCCCCUCCCUGUUUCUCCUUAGAAGUAUUGCUAUUUUUCCUCAAACUUGUGGUGUAUCCUACUGCCCAUAAAAUUGUAUGAGACAUGACCAAUAUUAUGGAGUGUAAACACCAGGAAGUAGAUAUGCCUUGAGUACAUGCUAGGGGUAACAGUAGGCCAGGUCUAGAGAUGGUUGAAUUAAAAGUGACAUAUCCAGAGAGGAAAGGUAGAUAUAAACAGUAAGGAAGAAGAAUGAUGCUUAAAACACUUGCUGAGGGAAGUCAGUCACAGAUCUGUCACGUGAUAGGCCUGUCUCAUGCUGCCCAUUGGAAUUCUUUAUUGCUGACAGAGCAGAACACUAAAAGUAGGUGGAUUGAGCCAGGGAUUGUUAUUCUGGGGAAUAGCUCCUUUUAAAAUGGGUAGCAAAAGCUGGGCAAGUGAGAGGCCCUAAUCUGGCAUGUAUUAUUUCUUUAUUAUAAACUAUCUAUGCCAAACAGUUCCACUUUAUUUGCCUGUUCAAAAAAUGCAACUAUUUUGCUUUACUACAUUGGUGGGAUCUGACCCACUGAAUGAUACACAUUUACUUACAAGAGCCCUGCAUUAAAAACUGAAGCAGGGUUCCCUGUGAUGUCUCCCAGAUUCCAACGGCUUUAUGCAUACUCUCCACUUUGCAUCACAUGAGUCCAAAUAGAAGUGUGUUUGCUUCCAAUGAAAUUGGCAGGAAAAUUAAUCCAAAGAUUUCUCAUCUUUAAAUAUAUGUUCUGUUUUGCCAGCUCACUUCCUUCGGUGAUGUUUCACUUUAUGGCCAUUUCAGGCUCUCUUCAGUUCGGAACGUCAUUCUCCCCUGUUCGCCACAUGACAUUUUUUCUCUAAAGAUUUGCCUCAGCAUUUUCUUUGAGUAUAUCCUUUGCUUCUGUGAAAUGUAAACUUGGUUGAGAGCAAGAUGUUCCAUGUCUCUGUUGAACCUCUUCAUGCAAGAGCACUCAACUUCUUCUCUCCAGCUUUGUGGGAGAGACUCACCUCUACCAAAAGAGUCUGUGGUUUGUAUAAUCCUCUUGGCACUGUUUGUUUUGGGUAGAACAUCUUAAAAUAAAAAGCGGAAUUUCUGUCCUCCAGGAAAUUUUGAGAUUUUAAAAUUUGGAUUCAUCCUGAAUUAGGGAAAAAGUCAAAAUUUUGGAAUUUUUUAGGAAGUGAAAUAGCUUGUUUUGACCUUAUAGAAAGAUUUCAUUUCAAUAAAGUUGCUCUUUUGAUAAAGUCAGAAUGUUUCAAUUUUGACUUUAAUAUUGUCUUCAAAACAUUUUGACUAUUAUAAUUUAAAUAUAAUAUAAAUGUCAAAAUGAGAGUUAUAAUGAAAUGUUUUGACCUUAUCAAAAUGAAACAUUAUGAUAAUUUCCAGCAGAAAAUUUCAACAAAAUCAAUACAUUCCCAUGAAAUGUUUCAAUUUUGUAAAAUCAGCCUUUUAUGAUGACAAACGUUACAUCAGAAACAUUUUAACCAGCUCUAGUUUUGAGGCUAAGGGUUGGAGGUUUUUUUAAGCACAUUCUUCAGCUUAGUAUAGUAUCUGUCCAUCACACAACUUAAUUCUCUGUCUUUACUUGGCUAUAUUUUGUCUUUAGGGGAAGUUUUUUCUUCAUAGAUUAUGUAUUAAAAGUGGUGACCUUGGUAACCAUCAGGCCAAAUCCUGAAAUCCUUCUGCAGUGUUUUUUUAAUAGCUUGCCUAGGUAAAAUGUCAUUGAUUAAAACCUUAGAAAGAACUUCCAAGGUUUGGCCGAGAGAGUUUGUAACUUACAGGAAAAAGAGCAGGGAGUCAACCAAUUUCUCAGUGGCAUUUAUCAACAUAGAGUGUGGUAUCUAGUGUCAUGUGAUACCAUUCAGCCGAGGUCUUAGCUCCUAAUGGUAUGUCUACACUUCAGUAAAGAUCUGUGGCAUAGCCACAGCUGGUCCAUGUCAGUUGACUCAGGGCUCAGACUGCUAAAAAUUGCAGUGUAGACGUUCGGGCUCAGGCUGGAGCCAUGGCUCUGAAAUCCCAUGACAGGGGGAGCGGAGGGGAGAGUCUGAGAGCUUCAGCUACAGCCCGAGCCCAGACUUCUACACUGCUCCUUUUAGGGCCGCAACCCCCACUAACCCAAGUCAAUUGCCUUGUGCUCUGACACUUAGUACUUCAGGGGGUUUUUUUAUUGUAGUGUAGGUCUCUGUGCCCAUUUGACCAGAGCAGCUGCAGCUUCUGCUGUUUUCCUUUGCCCAGGUAUCAGUAGCUGAAUUUUGUCAUUGAGUCACUCAUUGUUUAUUACUGACUAGAUAAAGCAGCCAAACCUGAUAUGCACUUGAGCACAGUUUUUGUCCAGUUUUCCCCUUUCGUAAAAACUCCAAAAUACCUGAAUUUUUCUGCACUGCCUUCUAAUUCUCGUAGAAGGGAGAAUUUGUAGAAAUAGGGAGAAACUGGGUCAUGUAUUUAACUGUAAAUGGAUUUCUUCAAGUCACUCCCACCAAGGUGUCUCACUAAUCCACCCUUCUCCCUAUAGACCUCCAUCCUGUGAAGUCCUGAGCAUCUCCUGCAACGUGCUGAGCUCCUUCAAUUCCUACACAAGUGAAUGGGAGUUGAGGGGGCUGAGCACUUGAUGGAAUCAGGCCAUAUUUAUCUUCAGGCCCUCUCCAAGCCGGUGGAUUUAGGCAUUGACAUGGUAGAUUAAUGUAGGUAAUUAGAGAUGGUAUCUUGGCAUGACACGACUGUCCAUGUUUGCUGGCUUGUGUUCAGUGGUUUUGAAUGUGAGCGCUAAUAAUACGCAGGUCUGUAUGGCUCUAUGAUCAAACAUGCUAGACAGCUGGAGAAGUCAUUCAAAGACCUGCGGGUAUAAGUACAAUAAAUAGCCAAUUUUAUUCUUGUCGUUCAUCUCCUACUGUGUACAUUAGUUGUGGCUGAAUCCUUUGUUUACUCCUAAUUUUCUCCUCUUUGUAGCGGGUGACGCCUGAGAUUUUUUGGCUAAUCUUUGAAUGGUAAAGAGGGGCUUAAAAGGAUUUAAUAAUGGGAUACAGAGCCAUUCACCUCUGCCACUGGUUUGAAUCAGUUCAGUUCCUAGUGGACAUCUGGCCACGUUACAUAAACAGGCAGUUGUCAAAGGUCUCGCUUGAGAAGCUAUACCCUGACUGGGCCGCGGAGCCUGAAUUAACAUGUCCCCCCUAGAUGCAGGGCUAGUACAGUAACAGGCUAAGGGUGGGAUAACUGGCAUUGCCACUAUCUGUGCUGUAUGGUGCCUGUUCUGUGCCUUUACAAAAGACUUUGGCCUCCAGGGCUGCCAAGCCAGCCCUAAAUUAACUUACAAACAUGCUCACACACUGUUUUUCCAGAAAUUCAAACUGACAAAUAAGCCCAUACAAGCUUGCAGGCUCAUUGGCACUCACCCAUUAUGCUCAUGAUACAGAGCAAGCUUAUUAACCUGAUGUUUAGUUUGCCCAUCACGCUUGCCCUUCAUUGUGAACCUUAAAAAAUAAAUCUACUGAGCCACAGGGAAAUGUAGACUUCUUCAAGCACAGGAGCCAUAAAGCAAUUUUCAGAACAAAAUCAAAGAGUUAGGCUUUUAUCCUGGGUGUCUGAGUGAGCUAGAAGGAGUGAGGAGUCUCAAAGCCUUGGUGCAAGAUCUCAGAAAGACACAAAAGUGUUGGCUGAUGACCACAAUGCUUAAUUUAACUACAAAUACUGCAAACUGUAAGGGGCCAAGAAAAAGAUGUUAAUACCCUGAAACCUUAGGCUGGUAGAAAAAGAGACCCAAAUCCUGCUUGUUUGACUCUUGUCUGUAGCCCCAGUGAGACCAGUGUGGGAAUUACUCCCAUGACAAUGGCAAGCAGGAAUUAGUGGCUGAGGAACCAACAGUUUCCAAUAGCAUGAAGAGAGGGGAAAGGGAUUAUUUUUUUCACAUCUGAUUUCUAAGGUGCUAUGUUCCCUCUACACAAUAUUAGGUUAUACACCUUAUCCCUAACUAAAUUAAUCUGAGAAGACCCCUGUGUGCGAGAGAUGGAAUUCCAUCAUGCAACGUGCAGUUAAAUAUGAGUGCAUCUUUCAGGGGGUCCAGACUCUUGUUUUAUAUGAUCUGUAAUCUGUUAUCACCAUCUUCCCACCCUUCAAAAAAAAGCAUGAUGGGUAACAAAGUAAUGAAAACAAUGGUCCUAAACAGCACACUGCCAUGGCUUGUUAGGCUGACAGUUCACUGUAGUCAUUAGGUAUAUAUACAACGUGUCUUAUCUUUCCCAUGGACACGAAGCAGACUAAAGCCAUACAGUGGAAGAAAUGGCUUCACAGCACUAUGACAUGGAAGACAACUGUUGCCAAUUUGCCUUUGUUUCCCCACCCCACCCAAUGGUUAUCGCCACUGAGUUUGCUUAAUGGGGUUUAUACGAUGUUAUGUGUAUCAUCAACUUGAUAUUGAUAUAAUUAGCUGUGAUUAAUCCUCAUGCUGGGAAGCUGAGGGAGUGUUUCUUUUAGCUGAGGGUAUGUCUAAGUUUGUGUUCUUUUUAUAUAAUACAAGUUGACAAGAACUACAGCAGAGGGGG